UCACCAAUGGGUGCUGGAGAGGAGGGAACAAGCAGAGCAUUGAAUCUACUACCUGUACAAACUAAUUCAUUUCUCUUUUAGAAUAGAAAAAGGGAAAGUGCAGUUGUUUAACAUGGCGACGCCCGUAAGUGACCAAGAGAAGAGAAAGCAGAUAAGCAUCCGGGGAAUAGUUGGGGUCGAAAAUGUAGCGGAGCUCAAAAAAGGAUUUAACCGACAUUUGCACUUCACUCUGGUUAAAGACAGAAAUGUUGCCACGCAGCGAGACUACUAUUUCGCUCUUGCACACACGAUUCGAGAUCACCUGGUUGGGAGAUGGAUCAGAACUCAGCAGUUUUACUAUGAGACCGACCCAAAGCGCGUGUAUUACCUUUCGUUGGAGUUCUACAUGGGCCGGACCCUGCAGAACACCAUGAUCAACCUUGGCCUGCAGAACGCCUGCGAUGAGGCCAUAUACCAGCUGGGCUUGGACAUGGAGGACCUGGAGGAGAUGGAAGAGGAUGCUGGACUGGGUAACGGAGGCUUGGGCAGACUCGCAGCCUGCUUCCUGGAUUCGAUGGCCACCCUUGGCCUCGCAGCGUACGGGUAUGGCAUUCGCUAUGAAUACGGAAUCUUCAACCAGAGGAUCAAAGAUGGUUGGCAGGUGGAGGAGGCUGAUGAUUGGCUGAGGUAUGGUAACCCCUGGGAGAAGGCUCGCCCGGAGUACAUGUUACCCGUGCAUUUCUACGGCAGAGUUGAAGAAACCAAGGAAGGAUCCAAAUGGGUGGACACACAGGUUGUUCUGGCCAUGCCUUACGACACCCCCAUCCCAGGCUACAUGAAUAACACUGUGAACACAAUGAGGCUGUGGUCUGCUCGUGCCCCCAAUGACUUCAACCUGCGGGACUUCAAUGUUGGUGACUACAUCCAGGCUGUCCUGGACAGGAAUUUGGCGGAGAACAUCUCUCGAGUGCUCUACCCGAACGAUAAUUUCUUCGAGGGGAAGGAGCUGCGCCUGAAGCAGGAGUACUUUGUGGUGGCCGCCACCCUCCAAGACAUCAUUCGCCGCUUCAAAACCUCCAAGCGAGACUCUCCCUCCUCCCCGAUUUCCUUCAAAACCUUCCCAGACAAGGUGGCCAUCCAGCUGAAUGACACCCAUCCUGCUAUGGCCAUCCCGGAACUCAUGAGGAUCUUUAUGGACAUUGAGAAGCUGGAUUGGGACACGGCCUGGGACCUCACCAAACGCACCUUCGCUUACACCAACCACACGGUGCUGCCUGAGGCCCUGGAGCGCUGGCCGGUCCAGCUGAUGGAGAAGCUGCUGCCCAGACACCUGCAGAUCAUCUACCAGAUCAACCAGCACCACCUUGAUAGAAUCGCUGCUCUGUUUCCUGGAGACAUGGACCGCUUGCGCAGCAUGUCCCUGAUUGAGGAAGAGGGCAUUAAGAGGGUCAACAUGGCCCACCUGUGCAUUGUGGGAUCCCACGCGGUCAACGGAGUCGCUGAGAUUCACUCCAACAUCGUAAAGACCGAUGUAUUCCGGAACUUCAGCGAGAUAGAGCCCGACAAGUUCCAGAAUAAAACCAAUGGAAUCACACCCCGUCGCUGGCUGCUGCUCUGCAAUGCUGGACUCGCUGAGCUCAUUGCAGAGGCUAUCGGGGAAGAGUACGUGAAGGACCUUAGUCAGUUGCAGAAGCUGAACGACCUUGUUGAUGAUGUCACUUUUAUCCGGGACAUCUCAAAAGUGAAGCAGGAAAACAAGCUGAAGUUCGCUCAGUAUCUUGAGAAGGAGUAUAAAGUGAAGAUCAACCCCUCCUCCAUGUUUGAUGUCCACGUGAAGAGGAUCCACGAGUACAAACGGCAGCUCCUCAACUGCCUGCACAUUAUCACCAUGUACAACCGCAUAAAGAAGGACCCGAAGGCACCUUUCGUACCCCGAACUGUGAUCAUUGGAGGAAAGGCAGCACCCGGGUACCACAUGGCCAAGAUGAUCAUCAGGCUUAUUACCGCUGUGGCUGAUGUGGUGAACAAAGACCCUGUGGUGGGCAGCAAACUGAAGGUCAUCUUCCUGGAGAACUACAGAGUCUCCCUGGCUGAGAAAGUGAUCCCAGCCACCGACCUCUCGGAGCAGAUCUCCACCGCGGGCACGGAGGCCUCAGGCACCGGGAACAUGAAGUUCAUGCUGAACGGCGCCCUCACCAUCGGCACCAUGGACGGCGCCAACGUGGAGAUGGCGGAGGAGGCUGGCGAGGAGAACCUCUUCAUCUUUGGGAUGAGGGUGGAGGACGUGGCCGAGAUGGACAAAAAGGGCUAUGAUGCCAUGAAAUAUUACAAGGAGCUCCCUGAGCUGAAGCAAGCCCUAGAUCAGAUUAAAAGUGGAUUCUACUCCCCAAAAAAUCCAGAUCAGUUCCUGGACAUCACAAACAUGCUCUUCAACCAUGAUAGGUUCAAAGUUUUUGCGGACUACGAAGACUAUGUCCAGUGCCAAGAAAGAGUCAGCAAGCUUUAUGAAAACCCAAAGGAGUGGACCAAGAUGGUGAUCAGGAACAUCGCAGCUUCCGGAAAGUUCUCCAGCGACCGCACGAUCACGGAGUACGCGACCGAGAUCUGGGGCGUGGAGCCGACGAACCUGAAGAUCCCUCCUCCCAACGAGCCCCGGGAGGCCAUCGAGGAGACAGCCCGCGCGGUGAAGAAGAUGUGAAAGCCUGGAAAAUAGGAUUGGCUGCGCUAACAAUGUCCCCUCUUAAUUAGCAGAGCAGAUAAGUUAGACCGCUGGCUCGCGGUUUUAAACCUCCUUGGCAUUCCUAUUUUGAGAAAAAGGGGGGUGAGGU